AAAAGAAACUAGGGUUUCGCUAUAAAUUUUCCAUAUAAAUUAACCUCGUCGUCUCUAACCAUACCCCAUCGCUCUCACUCUGUCAGCUGCCAUCCAAAACCCUAGCAGGGAAAGAAGAAGAGAGGAUUUGAAAUGGCGACAGUACCAGGGCAACUGAUAUGGGAAAUAGUUAAGAAGAAUAACUCCUUUUUGGUGAAGCAGUUUGGAAGGGGAACUGCUAGCCUUCGGUUCAGCAAAGAGAGCAACAAUCUCUACAACCUUAACUCUUACAAGCACUCUGGUUUGGCAAACAAGAAAACUGUCUCCAUUCAGGCUGGGGACAAGGAUCAAGCUGUAGUUCUUGCUACAAGUAAGACCAAGAAGCAAAACAAGCCAGCAGCUUUGUUUCACAAGUCUGUCAUGAAGAAGGAGUUCCGCCGCAUGGCUAAGGCUGUGGAGAACCAGGUAGAAGAUAACUAUUACAGGCCUGAUCUGAAGAAAGCAGCUCUUGCAAGGUUGAGUGCUGUGCACAGGAGUCUUAAGGUAGCCAAGUCUGGUGUCAAGAAGAGGAAUAGACAAGCUUUGAAGAUCUGCUGAUUUGAGAGCCGAAUAUAUAAGUACUGUUGGGUGUCCUCUUGUGUCGCAAAAGAGGAAUAGGUAACCCUUUUGUCUUGAGGUGUUUUGGGAUUUUUAUUUAAGAUAUCGAUGUUGAACAAUAGAGAUUGUGAUUUUUCCUGGACAAUUUCUCCUUCAGUUUUGGAUGGUUAGGUUCUGUUUUCUGGCCUCUGAUUCAGAACUGUUCUGUUUUCAGUUUUUGCUUCUAAGAUUCGGAAAAUAUCACUUUAGAAAGAAUUACCGAAGGGUUUAUUAUU